UUAUUUUUACUUCUUACAUCACUCUGACUAUUGGAAGCAUAUAUUAGGUUGCUUCUCCCUGACAUUACAAUUCAUUGUAGACUCCCUAUGCUCCUAGGGAACCCUGCCACCUGCAGGGCUCCAUAGAAUCUACAACUGCAGUAACCUUGGUCUCUCCGAAGAAACCCAUGCUAUUGCAGGCAAUGAAUGGCUCCCCCGAUCGCCGAGUGGGGGAGCUAUUCAGGCUUCGAGAGCACACUGCUCCAGGAGAAAGCCACCUUGUAUGCCGUGGUCACAAUUGACCAGGGCAUUUGAGGCACUAUCACCGAUCGCAGACAUUAGCCUUGUGUGUCUUCUGUUUAAAACAGCAAAAACCUGUGGCAAACGGGUGCCAUCUUUAAAGACCCGACCUCCGCCAUAUAUGUACGGCAGAGGCCGGAAUGGGUUAAAUGCACUCCUUGUAUGAUGUGUAUUCAUUCAUUUAUCUUUUUUUAUCAUAGACAAGAUAUGUCGGUGCUCAUGGAAUAGAUUUCUGACCCCUCUUGCUGCAUUGUCGAGUAGCGUCUGCUAUGUCAGGUUGGAUGCCGCGUGGCUUCAUGUUCGCCUCUUGGGUCACAUGUGCUAAGGGGCGCUAAAUGAAGCUAAAAGUUGGGCGUGCGGAGUAAAUGGCCUGUUUCCCACCACGUAGCUGACAGGUUCCAGCUGCUGUACGUUAACGCGUUGCUCCCAGUCCUGUCAUGUCAUGCGCUGUGGGACUAGCGAUCCGCAGCUGGUCCCCCCGGCAAGAAACUGGUUAAAGUCUCCCCUAAUAUUCGCCGUGUGUGAGGAUUUGGCAGAGCGCUCUUUUUGCCUAGGAGGAAGCCCGGCUCUGCGGCCCCCUCCCCUCCUCCUGCUGAAUAUUUCAUCCCAUCUGAGCAAGAAUUAAUGGAAGGAGACGCUCUCUGCUCUUCAUCCAUUAAAAGCAGCCCUAGGAGGCAUCGCCUUGGUCCGUCUCAUGUGCCCGCUGAGUGCCAGAGGCAGGGAGUCUCCCCGGAGGGUGAAUCGCUGCCCACCAUGCUCCACAUGCACAGGAAGUGCUCCCUCUCAGAGAGGUUGAUACGUGCCAUCUCCUCCAUCCGCUCUCUGCCCGGAGACACGGUCGAGUCCCUUAUCCGCAAGGGGGCCGAUGUAAAUGGUCCUCACGAUACCCUGAUGCCCCUACACAGCGCCUGCAUGGUGUGCGACGCAGACUGCGUGGAGCUGCUCUUGGAGAAAGGAGCAAAUGUCAAUGCCCUCGACGGCUACCGACGCGCAGCCUUGCACUACGCGGCGGAAAAAGACGAGACCUGCGUUGAAAUCCUCCUGGAAUACGGCGCCGACCCCAACGCUCCGGAUGGUAAUCAGGACACCCCCUUACACUGGGCUGCUUUCAAAAACAUGGACGGCUGCGUACAAGCGUUACUAGAGGGCGGCGCAAAGGUCAAUGCCAGAGACUACAACCAGGACACACCCCUGAGCUGGGCGGUUAUGAAAGGCAAUCUAGAGAGCGUGCGGCUGCUCCUGGAAUAUGGGGCCCAGCCCGACACUGCUAACCUCAAGGGUCAGUACCCGGCGGGGCGGCUUGCCGUUCUGAUGGGUAGAGGCCUGGGUGGGGAGAGGGAGGAGGAAUGCCUGGAACUUCUGCACAGAGCUUGUGGCACCCUCAGGUUGAGGAGAGAAGGUGGGGUGCCCCCUGAGGCUGCCCGUGAUGCCCAGCUGUCUCAGCGUCUUGUCAAACUGUGCUCGGUCCCGGGAACUUUGAAAGCUCUGGCGAGGCGUGAGGUAAGGGGCAGCCUAGGAGAAUGCCAGUUAUCUCAAGUGGUGACCGAGCUGCCUGUUCCCAAAUCCAUACAGGACUACGUUCUGCUGCUGCACUGAAUACACUGGACUAUAGAAAAAUAUCUAAGACCCCCGGGCGUCCAUGGUGGCUCCCAGGGCGGACCGGUUGUUCACAUGAAGACCUUAUUGACUUCCCAGUGUAUCGGGCGGAGAUGUUCGUGUGAAAUUCGAGAAAUAUAUUUAGUGAACCCUAGCAAACCAGUCUUUUUUCUCCUGGCCCCUAGCAACCUGGCUUUGUUCUCCUGGCUCCUAGCAUUUUAGUCUUUGUUCCCCUAGCCCUUAGCAACCAGACUUUGUUCUCCUGGCCCCUAGCAACCAGCCUUUUCAUUCUGGGCUCCCUAGCAACCAGCCUUUUUCAUUCUGGGCUCCCUAGCAACCAGCCUUUUCAUUCUGGGCUCCCUAGCAACCAGCCUUUUCAUUCUGGGCUCCCUAGCAACCAGCCUGUCCGUUCUUCAACUAGGACUAACACUUGGCAGAAAAGAGGCAAGGAGGAUUGUCCGUAUUAAAUCAAGCCUUUCCAAAUCCUUUACUGGCACUUAGAGAGUGUGACUGCAGAGAGGAGUAUGGGGGCUGAGUAAAAGAAAAUGUAUACAUUUUCAAUAAAAAUAAAUACUGUAUUAUUCGUCACCUGGAUCAGAUGGUCCUUAACGGGAAUGUCACCAAAAAAUGAUCUAAAAUCCAGAAUUUUUUUCACACUGACCACUAAGCCUCAUAAUAGGCUGACAGUUCUGUUCUGUGCAGAUCACUUUUCAGCAGUCAACUUGUUAUCAUCAUGAUGGGAUUACAAUAUCAGGUAACAUCUAUCUAUAGAUUUGGUUCUAAUUAGUGAAAAAAAAUCUAGGUGACACAUUCUCUUUAACAAUUAUUAUGCAUGUGUUGAUCAAUUCUGGGGGGAAAAAAGUCUACAUUCACUUUCUUUUUUCUCCUCAUUAAUUAAAUGGCGCAACUGUAUUUUUAUCUGGGCGAUGGCUCCGGCUGCUGUAGAUUUGCAAUGAAGCUGUAGAUUUGCAAUGAAAAACAGUGCCACCCUUGUCGACAGUCUGUGCCUGGCAUUGCAGUAUUCACUUCAAUGACGCUGAGCUGCAAUACCAGACUCUGCCCAUAGGAAGAAAACAACUUAUAUUUUUUUUCCUAACCCGUCUAACAUGGAUGGAAAGUCACAACUGGUCCUCAUACGCAGUAUUUAGAAUGUAGCACAAUUUCUAGUAUGCCUUUUCAGUCACAUGGGGACCGGCAGGGGCCUUGGUGGUUGGACACCCACCGAUCAGACACUUAUUCCCUGUCCUAUAGGUAGAGGAUAAGUUGUCAUAUUGGGGCAACCCCUUUAAAUAAAUAAAUAAAAAAACAGGAAAUAGUUUUCUGUAGUUCCUUGGUAUCCUGUAAUAACAUUUUCUUACCCACCACAUACCUGGUGUAGCCUUGAUCUAAAAGCAGACCUGUCACUUUUAGGUACAGCUGGUGUAAGUAUUCAAAGUCAUUACUGUGUUAAUUGGUGUAAGGACCCAUCUGGUGGAUGCUAGUUUUUUAUUAUUUGUAUUAUAUGUGGUGACGUCACUCCGGUCAUCACAUGUAUUUUAUAUAAUUUUUUUUAAAUUAAUUACAAUAUAUUUGCACUUUCCAAAACGAAUACCCAAUGUACCAUUGUAUAGUUGAUUAUGAUAUUGUCAACCCAGUCCAGACGACCAGACACUCCCACUACUGUCAUAAUUUUCACCUCUUUUAACGAUAAAGCUCGUCCUCUUUGCUAUAGAGGUUAAAAGGUUUUGUAUGCAAUAACGCAUUUAUUCCCAUGGGCGAUAUCCUAGCUUUCCCUCAUUUUGGCACGUACUCCACCCUCUCCAUUGACCUUUUACAGAAGGAGGAUUCGCUUGUCACUCACUUUCCGUACUUGCCCUGUAAGAAAUCCUGUCUUCCAGCUCAGUAGAGGUUAAAAUAACCAAGGGCUGGAGAUAUGUAGGACAGUAUAAGUGGGAACUUCCAUAGGAAUUGAUAAAACCAGAAGACUCCCGAUGAUGGAAUGAACCCCUUAAUAGGCAGGAGUUAAGGAUUUGAGAGUAUUCCCUGAUGUAUACCUAUGAUGGAUAGCAUACAGUAACAAACUACAUCCUUUUUUUUUU